CGUGACCCCAGCUGGGCCAAUGAGCGGCGGCGGGAGGUGAAAUCCGGUUCUAACCGGUCCGGGGCUCCCAGCGCUAUAAAAACUUUAUAAACCCCCCGGAGCCCGAGCAGUGUGAAGAAGAGGCGAGAGCGACCCCUGGACUGGCCAAAGCCACGCGCCACUGCAUCCCCGUGUCCAGCGCGUACGUCCCGCCGCCGUCGCCACCAUGCCCAAGAGAAAGGCUGAAGGGGAUGCUAAAGGAGAUAAAACCAAGGUGAAGGAUGAACCUCAGAGAAGAUCUGCAAGGUUAUCUGCUAAACCUGCUCCUCCAAAGCCAGAGCCCAAGCCUAAAAAGGCCCCUGCAAAGAAGGGAGAGAAGGUACCCAAAGGGAAAAAGGGGAAAGCUGAUGCUGGCAAGGAUGGGAAUAACCCUGCAGAAAACGGAGAUGCCAAAACAGACCAGGCACAGAAAGCUGAAGGUGCUGGAGAUGCCAAGUGAAGUGUGCAUUUUUGAUAACUGUGUACUUCUGGUGACUGUACAGUUUGAAAUACUAUUUUUUAUCAAGUUUUAUAAAAAUGCAGAAUUUUGUUUUACUUUUUUUUUUUUUAAGCUAUGUUGUUAGCAUACAGAACACUUCAUUGUUGUUUUUUGGGGGAAGAGCACAUGUCACUAAUAGAUUGUCUCUGAAGCUGGAUUGACAUGGGAAAAAAACACCUUUCCCGUCUGGUUUUGAGAGACUUUCUCUUGGUUCCCAGGAAGGAGGGGUUCCUUGAUGUUGACACACAGUAGCCACCUUGGCACAAACGCCUUGUGGUGUGGAAAAACUAAAAUUAGUUUUUAUGUUCUCUUCUCCCUCUCCACCUUCAGCAUAGACUUGACUCCCUUAAACCCAGAGACCUGUUGGAACCUGACCCCCCAAAAUUGGUUACCAGUAUGUCAGGCAAUCUGGACUUUGCAUUGUCACCACUGAGAUGGCGUCCCUCAAAAGAGCAGCGGUUCCUUUUUUAGAUUGUGGAUCUUCAGAUUGAUACUUUUGCCAUUUUCAUUUCCAUUUCCUGAAAGUCAGGGUCGGCUUGUGAAAAGUUGUUAAACAACAUAACUAAAUGUGAAAUGUCAACCCUCACUCUAAACUUUCCCUGUUCAGAGCAUCACAUGAAGACUUCAUGGGGUUUUAUAGUGGCUUUCUGAUUUUGGUAGUCCAUUGCAAAAGGGAGUUUGAAAGUUGUUGUAUACUGUUAACGAUUGUCUGCCCAUGUCCUGCCUGAAAUACCAUGAUUGUUUAUGAAAAGUAUCUUUAAUAAAGCUGGAUACAGUUUGACUUGGAA